AUGAUAAUUUACAAAUUCGCAUCAGCAAUCAUAAUUUUCUCAUUCAUAUACACAAUAUAAGUGUCGAUUUGUGAUUACCAUGAUUCCAUUUAGAAGAAGCUAAAAACUCAUUAUGUACCACUAUUGCAAACAUUUAUGAUGGAUAAUACUAAUUAUAGCAAAUUCAAAUAAGCAUAUAAUGUAUAAUUAUAAUGAUUUUAAGGAAAGCAGUCUUAACAUGAUAGAAGAGCCAAGUUAUUGUAUUGAAUCAGACACAUUAGUAUAGAUUUAUAAAUAUAUUUAGAAACUUUUGCAUCCAGAUAUACUUUUAGAAGAUAAAUAUGUAGUUAGAGAUCUUGACAAAGGGAAUCUACAAAGAGAGAUAAUAAAAAAGAGAAUGUUUGAUUCAAUUUAGAAUUUAUCUCCUUUAUCAAGUAAAUAAUUAUAAUAUCAUUAGAACCUUUAACAAAAUUUUAACAUCGCAUACCUCCUUAACUUUCCUAUUUUUACACUUUCAAACCGAGAUUACAAGAUAAUUAUUAAUUAGGUUAAGGAUUAGGAUGCAUGUUUUAAAAAUUAAACCAUAUACCUGGCUUAUAUACUUUAACAAGUAAGAAUAGUUUAAUUUACAAUUACGCAAAAUAUAUGUAUGAUAUGAAGAAUAGGAAUGUCAGUUAAUAAUGUAUUUAAAAUGCUUCUUAUGUACCACAUACUUUAAGAUUGAAUGUCAAAUCAGAAUGUUAAUAAUUCUUUAAGAAAUUAACGCAAUUACAAAAUGAUUAUAAAAACAAUGUUAAAAUUUAUAAUGGUCCAGAAUAUUUAUUAAAAACUGAUGAACAUCGUGGAGAAGGAAUCAGAUUAUUGUUCUAAAGUCAAAUAGAAAAUAUCACUGAAGUUUAUUAAAAUGGAGAAAAAUGUGGAAACAUAACUGAAAAAAUUGUGACAUAAAAAUAUAUAAAUAGACCAUUCUUAUACAAGGGACAUAAAAUAGAGUUUAGAAUAUAUAUAUAUUUGGCAAGUAGCAAUCCAUUAUAAUUGUAUGUCUAUAAGAGAGCAUUGAUUAAGAGAUGUGCAAAUGAAUAUGAUCCAUUAUCAGAAUAAAUACCAGCACAUAUUUGUAAUACUGCAGUCACAGAGAAAACUCAUAAAAAUUAAACAAAUCAAGGUGAUGGUAAUUUUGAAUAAGAAGAUGAAGAAAUGUUUAUUGAUUGGAAUCUUGAAGGAAUUGAAGAAUUACUUAUAGAAUAAGGAAGAAUAAGUAAAAAAAAAAGAUGGCUUCAGGAUUAUCUAUAUCCAAGAAUAUAUUCUAAAAUUAUUCAUACCAUUAGAAGUGGACAAUAUAGUUUUUAUUAAGACUCUAGAUUCUCAGAAUUUUUGGCUAUCGAUUUCUUAUUAGAUAAUGAAUUAGAUAUAUGGUUAUUAGAAAUUAAUUAUAAUCCAUAAAUUCUAAGUGUUACACCUGAUCGUAUUAAAAGGAAUUAUAAAAUGGUUGAAGAUACUAUGGAAAUAGCAUUUGCUUAUUUGAAGUCUAAGUAUAAACGAAUCAAAUAAUUUAUAUAAUAAGAAUUAUAUAAUUAUAAACAUAGUGGUAAUAGAAUUAGAUAGGUUGAUUUCAAAAAUAAAUUUGGAAAUAAAUUCCAUCAAUUAUUGGAGGAUACAUCUAUUGAUUAAUAGUUCAGCAUUUCAUCUGAUAAUUUAUAUACUCAUAUAAUUGAUGAAAGUAAGAAUGGUAAAGAUAAAUAUUUCAAUUUGAUUGAGGAUGAAUGUCUCUGA